AUCAUAAAGUAGAAGUGAGGGUGUGCGUGUGUGCUGAGCGCGGUGCAUUGUGGGUGUGCGGGGACCUGCGGAGGGAGGCGGAUGGAGAGCCGGUUCGUCCACAAAAGAGCCAGAAGGAUUGUUGAUUAAGUGACACAAACUGAAUAAUCUAUCUGAGAAACAUGUCUGUCCGGGAAUCUUUCAAUCCUGAAAGUUAUGAGCUUGACAAGAGCUUCCGCCUAACUCGAUUUGCAGAGCUUAAAGGCACCGGGUGCAAAGUUCCUCAAGAUGUUUUACAAAAACUGCUAGAAUCUUUACAGGAGAAUCACUUUCAGGAUGAUGAGCAAUUUCUUGGUGCAGUUAUGCCAAGGCUGGGUAUUGGCAUGGACACAUGCGUCAUUCCUUUAAGACACGGUGGCCUUUCUUUGGUUCAAACUACAGAUUACAUUUAUCCCAUUGUAGAUGAUCCUUAUAUGAUGGGACGGAUAGCAUGUGCAAAUGUAUUAAGUGACCUAUAUGCAAUGGGAGUCACUGAAUGUGACAACAUGCUUAUGCUUCUUGGUGUCAGUAAUAAACUGACUGAUCGGGAAAGAGACAAGGUGAUGCCCCUCAUUAUCCAGGGCUUUAAGGAUGCAGCAGAAGAAGCCGGAACGUCUGUAACGGGAGGUCAGACCGUGCUGAAUCCUUGGGUAGUUCUGGGAGGAGUGGCUACAACGGUUUGCCAACCUAAUGAAUUCAUUAUGCCAGACAAUGCUGUGCCAGGAGAUGUACUUGUGCUGACAAAACCUUUGGGAACCCAAGUUGCAGUAGCAGUUCACCAGUGGCUGGAUAUUCCAGAAAAAUGGAAUAAAAUAAAAUUGGUGGUGACCCAGGAAGAUGUGGAGUUGGCGUACCAGGAGGCAAUGAUGAACAUGGCUCGACUAAACCGAACUGCUGCCGGUCUUAUGCACACAUUUAAUGCACAUGCCGCUACAGACAUAACAGGUUUUGGAAUUUUAGGACAUGCACAAAACUUGGCUAAACAGCAACGAAAUGAGGUUUCCUUUGUAAUUCAUAAUCUGCCUGUACUAGCUAAGAUGGCUGCUGUCAGCAAGGCAUGUGGGAAUAUGUUUGGUCUUAUGCAUGGCUCUUGUCCUGAAACAUCAGGAGGUCUUUUGAUCUGUUUGCCACGAGAACAGGCUGCACGCUUCUGUGCUGAAAUUAAAUCCCCCAAGUAUGGAGAAGGUCACCAAGCAUGGAUUAUUGGCAUUGUAGAAAAGGGCAACCGUACUGCCAGAAUCAUAGACAAGCCACGAAUCAUUGAAGUUGCUCCUCAAGUGGCUACUCAAAAUGUUAACCCAACUCCUGGUGCCACUUCUUAAUUAAGGCUUACCUAGCUUUUUUGUUUUGUUUUUAAAUAGACCCUAUUCUUUACCAUCAUACAAUUUAAAUAAUUGUAAAAAAAAGUAUAUAUAUAAAUAUAUAUCAUUGCGUCUGCCCAUUUCUUGGCCUUGGGUCCAAAACAGGAAUGGGUAUGACUUAAGAAGUAAAAAUUCAUUGCCUUUCUUUUUUCUUUUUUUUUUUUUAUGUUUGGUUUUUCCCUACUUCCUGUUACAUUAACUGAAGAUGCACCUAAUCUUAAGGCAGCUUCUAAGUUGACGAAUUGUUAUCCGAUACAGUUGAUUCAUUUUGAAUCUAUAGACACUUAUCUCUUGCCGCAUAGGCUCUUUUUUUAAAGGUGCUUUCACCCAGCACAGACAUUGCCAUUAGUAGUGUCAAACAAGAAGUUAGUGUCUUCAUUUAUAUAUGUGUAUUUAUCAUUAUUGGUCUGACAAUGUUGGAUGCCCUUCAAAUAAUUAUGGAGAGGCAAUAAAUAAAUAAAUAGGUUGUGGAUCAUGGCCGGAGGGUGCAUGUUUGAUUGCUUUUUUUUUUUUUUUUUUCUCGCAGUUUAGGCUUGUUAAGGCUAGAGCCCUUUAUAGCCCUGUGCCCUCCUUGACUUCUAUAUACAUUGUUUAGUGAACGCCUCCACCUCGUCAAUGCUAAUUAUGUUUCUAUUACAUUGAUGGGUUCAGGGUGUACACGUUAUGCUUAAAGCACUUCUGUUUAAGAAGAUUUGUUUUCUCUAAAUCUAAUAUUUACCAUAUUAUUAACAAAUCUACUUUCAUAUUAGUAGCACAUGCAAAUCUCUUGCAGUGUGGUUAGAUGUGUUGAAAUACAAUAUAAUUGCAGACCACCUGCAAACAAAGUUAAAAGUUGCCUACGUCACUUCAGUUCAGUAAUUAUGUGCGCACACGUAAAUACAAAACCGUUUUUAAGUAUAAUCAAUAACUUUUCUGUUCUGUGGUUGGUAGUGUUUCAUACAUUUUUAUAUUUUGUAUAGUGAUUACAUGCCUUUAUAUUUUUUCCUUUAUAAAUCAGCAGCUGUUAAGUAGUUGGUAGCUCUUUCCUUUCCAAUUUUGGUGCAUGAGUUUGUGAUCUAAUAAAACAAGAAUUGACAUUGCCAACAUUGCAGCUUAAACUCCAAACUUGUUAUUCAAAUAAAUAUUUAAUUUUUUUUAUUGCUCUUGUA